UCGUCUGUAACACAUAAACCUAUAACGCAACAGGGGAACAUUUCCGCCUGUAACGUAACGCAUAGAAAAGUUCGCCUAUAAAACAGCAUGGGACAUAUUCGCCUGUCAAACAAUACGGGGACAUGUUUGCCUUUAAUACAACACGGGAACGUGGUUGCCUGAAACACAACACGGGGACAUCUUCGCCUGUAACACACCACGAGAACAACGCGGUAACUUGUUCGAAAGUUUACACUAUCCCCACUAGGUAGUUUGAAACAACAAAGUGGGUAGUUUGACAACAACGAUAUGGUGACGAGGGUUUCUGACUUCAUUAUGAUAUUCGUUUCCGUGUUAUUCGUGUUGUGGACUGUCAUUACAGAAGUAGGAACAUGUACUUGUUUUCCUACACACCUUCAGAAUCACUUCUGCAGAGCCCAGAUCAUUUUGGUGGCUACAGUAAAGGAUAGCGAAGAAAUCUUUCAAAAUAGCAUUAUAAAGGCCCCAAACACUCGAAACCCCGAGGACCCAUAUGCACGGAUGCCUGUUGAAAUAAAAUAUAAAGUCAGGAUUCAUAGGUUUUUUAAGGGCAGAGAACUGUUGGGACACAAUGCUAAAAGAGUAAAAUAUAUUCACACUUCGGCGUCAGGAGCUGCCUGUGGACUUCAACUCAACAAGGGCAAAACAUACAUACUGUCAGCAAGAAUACAAAGACAAAGAGAAAUUUGGUCUAGCAUGUGUGACUGGGUUCAAAAUUACAAGACUCUGAAUCGGCAUCAGCUUAAAGGAGUCAAAUUCUAUUACAAACGAAAUUGUAAAUGUUUGGUUUCUUGGUGUCAAGGAAGUUAUUGUCAAGGUCCCGGGCCCAGAGAAUGUGAAUGGAUCCCUCAAAUGUACACAGACUGUUUUCAAGAACAUGGAUUUUGUAUGAUCAACUCGAUGGGAAUUUGUCACUGGAAGAAAAAUAGGCAGCUGAGAAAAUGUUUAGACACGAAUAAACAAAUGAUGCCAGGAGACACAAGAGAAUACUACGAAAUCCCCAGAGAUGGCCCCCACAGACCUGGAGAGUCCCAGAGCUGGCGAUCAUCGCCCAAUAAUGAUGUGUAUUUACUCAGCAGAUAUAGGGAUAUAAAAUGAAAUUUUCAACAUGCGUCUUCAUCGCUGAAAUUCCACGUGGUUGAUGCCACUCACUCGUGUAAAGAAAAUGUUGAAAGCUUUGAUUUUAUUCUUGAUAAAUAUAUCAACUAUAAUGCUCAUCUUGUAAAUAAAGUGAAACUUACAGAUACAUCAAGUUAUUGCAUGAAAUGUAUUACGUGAUAUAUUACACUAUAUCAUCGUGAAAAUAUUCACAUCAAUAAUUAUAGACGUGGGUGUGCAGUGAAAGAAUUGCAGUUUAAAAGAAACACUUUCUACAAAAAUCAUUUUGAUGUAUUCGUAUACAAUUAUCAUUUUCGAAUUUCUUUGAAAUGCACAAACAUAACGAUGACAAAAAUUUCUGUAGAUGUGAUUAAAACAGAUCUUUAUUUAAAAUCAGGUUCCAAGAAUAUCACUCUUAGUAAAUUAACAGGAUUUUGUCUUCAUGUUUUGGAUAAAUAAAGAAUUUACAUUGUAUUUAUCAGAUUGCAACAAAGCCUUUGACUUCUGUAAAUCAAAAUAUUACAGAUAAGCAAUUUGAAAUAUGAGUUUGACUAACUGGCAAUCAAUGAUUUCCAUGAUACUGAUAUAUUCCCCAUCUCAUUCAAUUUACUGUUACCGUGGUAAUUGCUAGUCAUUUUUGCAGACGAAAAAGUUUCCCUUUCUGGGAAGUUUUGUGGGUUUUUUUUAAUAAUUACAUGUACAAUACCAUUAAUUAAUGUUCUCAUGAGUAAAUAUAACUGCUUGAUAUUUUUCCACAUAUAACCACCUCUUGACAAGUAAAUGUUGUACAAGUUAUUUUUCACUAUAUAACCACAUCUUGACAAGUAAAUGUUGUACAAGUUAUUUUUCACCUGUUGCAUCACUUACAAUGUAGAUUUAGUUUUUGUAAAUUCUUGACAAAUAAAUUAUUUGCAAGUCGUGAAAUCAAUAAAAUUCUUCCUUUGUUUACACAGAGAAGUUUCUAUAAAGCAUACUAUAAUUACUCUCUCAUUUCUGGAUGCUCUUGAACGUCCCUUUGUUGGAUGAAUCACAACGCCUAUCUGAGAGUUAACAGAUUUCAACAUGUGUAGUUUGCUGUAUACAUUUCUUCUUCACAUUGUUUACAAUCAAAAUUUAUCUUUGUUUAUCAAAUCGAUGUUUAACUAUUGGCCAAUUUCACAUCUAAUCUUGUCACCAAUUUUAAUUUGCCUAUUUUCAAAAGAAACGAUAUUAAUCAUAUACAAUGUACAUGUAUAUGCUAUCUCGUACUGUGUCCAUUUCAUUUGUAAUUGUAGAUGAUAAUAUUCUAAUCUAAUGUUGUGGGGUUUUUUUUCCAGAGGUCCCGUGUAAGAAUAUUUUUUGUACACUAAAUGGGUUAUCUUCUCAAAAUAAAAGUAUUAUUAUUUAA